AUGACCAUCCCACGGGAGAUUCGAACGAAGCGCGAUGAGGUCUUAAAGGGGUCUUUCCUUGAGGAGCCCACGAAGGUGCGGGAAGAGGAGGAGGGGGAGGCGAACGACGUCGCCGCCGCGAGCAGCCUCAAAGAACCUUCGGAAGAGGUGAAACGUGAACCCCCUCCCCCCUCCACAACAACACCAACACCAGCAGUGGGAGUGGUGAAUUCCACGAUGGUGCCGAAUUCUCUUCCCCCUACCAUUCCUAAAUUUAAGCCACGAAAAGGAGUGGAGUUGAAUGAACAAACGCCCGGGAUGAGAUCGCGUAGAACUUCCAGGGAAAUUCAAGAGAAAGAGGCGGCCCUUCCCACUACAAUACUCCCAAAUGGCGAUAGCAACGUUUCAGCGGAAGUCCCAUCAAGGCGUCGACGGACCACCCCCCAGACGUCGUUGGUGAAGUUGGAAGAGUGUGAGAGCAGUAACCAGGGCGAAAGUCAAAGCGUGGGGGAUAAAACCACGCAAUCCGUUCUGAGUGAAACGGGCUCCUCGUCAUCGCGUCGGGCUUUAACGAACUCAAAGGUGGAAAAGCAAACGGCUCAAGUGGUGAAGCGCAAGCGAGGUCGACCUCCAAGGCAUAACCCCCAAAGUGAAGUCAUCUAUUGGGUUCAAUGCGAUCUGUGCAAUAAGUGGCGUAUUGUAUCUCAUCCAAUUCCGGAGGGUACCACGUUUUGGGAGUGUAAACUUCGAGACGACAAGACGACUUGUGCGAUGGUGGACGAUGAGGCCAUGCUUAAAAAGAAAGGCGGUCCGUAA